UGUGUAGAACUUAGUCUGGAACAUAUGGAAUUGUUUCUUCUCUAUCGAACUCAAUCAAUUGUCUCCGAGAUAUGGGAUGUAAAUGUUACUUUAGAAGAUGUUCGUAGUCCUGAGAAGCAGAGCCAAUUAUUCCUAUCACUGCUUGAGAAAUGUGGUAACUUCAACCAUCUUCAAAAUUUAUCCAGCCUCCUACAUCAGUGGCCAACCAAUGGUGACCAUCAGAAAAGGGAAGAGCUUUGGUUGAGUUUGCUGUUAAGUAUGAUUGAGCAUGCUCAGGGGUCACAUGACAUCCAGGAGCUAAUUAACACAUUCAGAAAACUGCAGAGUAUCCAAUCAUCACAAUUGGAGUUUGUUGAGAGAAUUUACCAAGAGCUUGCAGAUCGACAUUACAAUUUAGCCUGCCUGAAGGUGGCGCUGUUGACGAGUCAUGGAGUUGUUCAUCGGAAGGCUUUUGAGUUCAUGAGUGGAAUUGAUGAGCUAACUGAUGACAUCUAUGAUGAUGAAUUACUGGAACUUUUAAUUGCCUGCGACAAAGUUGCAUCGUUUGUCAACACUAA